AUGGCGGCCGCCUCGAGGGGCCUGCUCGCGCGCCUCCGCGGCCUCUCACUCUACGCCGGCUGGAGCCCGCGCCUCCCCUUCCCUCCUUCCCGGCUCUUCUCCGCGGAGGCCUUCGUCUCCCAUUCCGAUGACGACGACGCUGGGGGAGAGGGCGGCGGCGGGGGCCGGAUCAUCGAGGCGCGGGCCAGGGUGAUGGGCUCCACAUCGCGGCGCACCGGCGUGAUCGGCGUCAAGUGCGGGAUGUCGGCGAUGUGGGACAAGUGGGGCGCCAAGGUGCCCAUCACCGUCCUCUGGGUCGACGACAACGUUGUUACCCAGGUCAAGACCGCCGAGAAGGAGGGAUUCUUCGCCCUACAGCUUGGCGCAGGUCAAAAGAAGGAAAAACACCUAACAAAACCUGAAGUUGGCCACUUUAGAGCACAGGGAGUGCCUCUGAAGAGAAAGCUAAGGGAAUUUCCUGUCACUGAGGAUGCGCUUCUUCCUGUUGGCACAACCAUCACAGUUCGCCACUUUGUGCCUGGACAACUUGUUGAUGUCACUGGAAUCACAAAGGGGAAAGGUUUUGCGGGUGUAAUGAAAAAAUAUGAUUUCAGUGGGAUGCCUGCAUCACAUGGGGCAUCUAAGUCGCAUCGCAGUGGUGGCUCUACUGGUCAAAGAGAUGCUCCUGGAAGGGUUUUCAAAAACCGAAAAAUGCCUGGACGCAUGGGUGGUGUGCAACGCACAGUGAAGAAUGUAUGGGUUUACCAAAUAGACCCAGCCAGGAACUUACUAUAUCUGAAGGGCCAGGUUCCUGGUCCUCAAGGUAGCUUUGUUUUUGUCAAGGAUUCUAUAUACAAGAAACCUGACACGGCUUUGCUCCCGUUUCCUACAUAUUUCACGCAAGAAGGCGAGCCUGAAGACUUGGAGCCCCUGAUUGCUGAUCUUGGUGAUGUUGACCCAUUCAUGGCAGCUGAUUAA